UUCAUAUCUGAUCAGAGGCAAACUGAGCGGGAGGUGAACGUUGUUGCUGGUGUAUCACAGACUCCUUCUGCACUUCAACUCCAUCAGCAGUUUGACUGUCCAACACACUGACUGUCACACCAUUUCUGAGAAAUCAGCCUCGUUGUUCUGUUUGUUCCUGAGAGAGGAAAUAAAGACAGAAACCUCAGAUGUUCUUCAGAGGAUCAACACCUUCCUACUGUAAGUCCACAAACAAACUUUUAUACUUGGGUUUUGAAUGUCAGAUGAAUUAAAUAUUUGUCAUGAAGCUCAGUUUGCAUUAAUGCUGACUGUCAGGCAGCAGCAGGUAAAUGUAGUUAUUAGUCUCCUCCAUGAUCUGCAGGAAGUUAAAAGACGUCCAACAAGAAUGAGUGAGGCUGACUAGAGGAUGAAUCAUGUGCAUCAGAAAAAAACACUUUAAAGUGUUUAAAUCAUGAAAACAAGAAUAAAAUCAGACAACAGACAGUAAAAACGUCUGCAUCAGAUUUAUCACCUCCACUCCUCUGAUCUGUGUUCUUACCCUGAAAUAAACAUGACGGUGAAGGUAAAGAACAAGCUGAUGAAGACCACAGUGAAGUGGUGGAAGGAAAAGAACUUCCACUGACAGGAUGCUGCUUUUAUUCAGUUGUGUCUCAUUAAAACUGAGGACUUCAGCCUCCAGCUACAAGUUCUCCUGUAAAUGUACAACAACAGAACUUUCUACCACAAACGGAGCUACACAAUCUGUUGUGUUGCACCGAAACUUAAAAACUGACGGAAAAAUGGUGUAAAAGCUUUACUUUGAUUCUCCAGAAACGCUGCUCUGUUCAGGCUGAUGAACAAUAAAAUGUAUUUGCUGAUAAACUGUGAGCGUGCAGACGUUUGGCUCAAAUAAGACUCAGUAUGAUCCUGAACUUAUGAAGUAAAGUGGACAGAAAACACCAGAGUUUGUAGUUUGUAGCUGUUGUUGAUGGUCUGAAGGAGGAACUUCAGUUUGUGGACGAGCAGAAAAAAAUUGAUUUGUGAAAAAAGACAGAAUUCAUACUUGUUACUUAUUAAACCCUCAUAAACCAUAAAAUGCUGAGUGAAGGAAACUUUUCCAUCAGUGUGGAUUAUUGAGACGUUUCUACUGACACGUAUCAGAUGAAGUUUGGACUCAGUUUAUCAUCUGCAGAAAGAUUUAUUUCUGCUGAUAAUUCUAACAAUCAUCACUGUGAGCUGUGCUGAGGUCGUGGUUCUUCCUGUCUGUAGUCAGAAUCUGGGUUUCAUUGAUUGAUCAGGUCUUUACUGUGUUUAAUCUGCUUCUAUAACAUCACUACUGCUGUUUGGAAGAAGAUUCAAAGGUUGGAAGGUUUAAUAAGCAGCUGUGUGUUUUAUUAUAAAAGCUUGUUGAUCCACACUGUUGACAAAUGUGCAUCUUUAAAAAGCCGUCAGAUAAAUGAAGUCAAAAAAACGAUAUUUCCCUCUGAGAUGUAGAGGAACAGAAGGAGAAAGUAUCAGAGAAUAAAAAGACUCAAUAAUAAUGAUAAUUAAAUGCAGUCAUUGUGCAGCAAUUUACCUUCACUUGGUUCUUUCAUUGUGAGCUGUAGUGGAAAGUAACUAAGUACAUUUACUCACGUACACUGGAACAGUAGAGAGUUAAAAACUGGCAGCUGGACUUGACAGGUUAUUAAUAUAUUUUUACAGUUUGACAGAACUUAAUUAGUGAAUUAUUGUGUAACUGAUGACUGGGUUUCAUUGAUUGAUCAGGUCUUUACUGUGUUUAAUCUGCUUCUAUAACAUCAUUUCUGUCUUUUAAUGCGGCUCUUUUCAAACACGUUGUGACUGAAUCACUCUGCAGGUGCUGCUUUCACUGAACUCUGGAAAAUCCAGUUGAAGUUUCUGUGAACCAGCAACCUGCAGAACCAUUAAAGCUGGACUCAUUUUACUCUCAGGGUGAUUCAGGUUUUGAUUUUAUAUCAUCUGUCCUUGUAUUAGUUUAUUUAUUUAUUAUUUUUGAAAUACUCAGAUUUAUGGUUUCACUGUUUUACAAACUUCACUCUUUAAUAUUUUUGUUGUUAUUGUGAUCCAAGUUUCUUGUUUGUGUCCCGACGUCUUUUAUUCUCUUUGACUACACAGUAAAUGAGGCCUCCGUACUUCAUUGUGUUCUGAGUUUAAAUAAAGGUUGAGUUCAUGAAAUGAAGAAACUUCAGCAUCACACACUGAGAACUUUGCUGAGUUUUAGAUAAAAGAGGUCCGUUUCUACAUUUACUGUUUUUUACCAAAACAAAUCUUUUCUACAGAAACUCAAACUAGAAUUUCACCGUCUGUAUUUUCUAAUGCUGAUUUAUUUUUACGAGUUCAGAUUUUAUUGACACUAAUUUCAGUCCACAAAGAUGCAGCUACCAGGUUUGUCACAGAAACACAGUUUGAGCUUCUGAAACGCAGCGACUCGUGUUCUGGUAGCAACGUUAGCGCUGCAGCUGCAGUUAGUGCAGAGAAAGACUUUAGUUUUUCUACUGGAACGUCAACACACUUUAAAGACAGAUGAGGAGUUUAACAACCAGUCAGAUGACUUCAUUCUAGUUUAUGAUGGUGACAGAAUCUGUAUUUUAUUCCUAUCUGAUGCUAACUUCAUCAAACGUCGCUGAGCUUCUACUUUUUCUGUGUAGAUCUUGUGCUGCUGCUGUCCUGGACAGACCUCCUUUAGAAAAGAGCUUCCUAACCUCAGAGGGACUUACCUGGUUAAAUCAGAAACAGGAAGAUACGACUGAGUGAUGGACUGUGAAUCUGGAGGGACGAUGGAGGUGGCGGCACUCGGCCGACCCUUCAGCCUCGGGAUGCUGUACGACUGCCGUAAAGACUCACUGAUCCCUGGAAUAACUCUGUGGGACCGUGAUGAUCUGAAGAAACAUAUUGGGGAGAGACCACAGUCAUUUAAUGACCUUGAAAUAGUUGCAUCUGAAUCAAUUGAGGACAAAUCUUCAGCACUAAAUGUUAACGCAUCACUGAAGGCAAGUUUCUUGGGUGGACUGGUUGAAGUUUCUGGAUCUGCCAAUUACCUCAAUGACAGUAAGUCUUCUAGAAAUCAGGCCAGAGUAACACUGAAGUACAAGGCAACCACAAAGAUGCAGGAGCUGUCCAUGGAUCAUCUUGGAAGAGGCAAUAUGAAGCACCAGUAUGUUUUUGAGCAAGGUUUAGCAACACAUGUGGUCACAGCCAUUCUUUAUGGGGCACAAGCCUUCUUUGUGUUUGACCGUGAGGUGUCUGAAGAAGAAAACCAUCAAGACAUUCAGGGAAACAUGAAAGUGAUGAUCAAAAAAAUCCCCUUACUUUCUAUAGAUGGUGAUGGUUCCCUGAAAAUGGAAGACAAGGACAAAAAAAAUCUUGAUAAAUUCUCCUGCAGAUUCAUUGGAGACUUCUGCCUUCAGAAAACUCCUACAUCCUUUCAGGAAGCAGUAGAAGUCUACCAAAGCCUGCCAACAUUACUGGGAGCCAACGGAGAAAAGGCUGUACCAAUGAAGGUCUGGUUGUUGCCACUGACUAGUUUAGGUUCUUCUGCUGCCAAACUGGUCCGUCAGAUAAGUAUAAGAUUAGUUCAAGAAGCACAGAGAGUCCUGGAGGACUUCAGUGAGCUGGAAAUGAGGUCCAAUGAUGCUCUGAGAUCCACCACUGCACAGCAGUUCCCACAGAUUGGAGAAAAGAUUAAAGGUUUUAAAGAGAUGUGCUCUGAGUUCAAGCUGGAAUUUCAAAAAACCCUAGCAAAGAAACUUCCAUCAAUCCGAGGAGGAGGAGAAGAAGAGGCUGAGCUGGCAGAGAUCCUGAAGAAAAGACAUUCUUCACCUUUCAACAGCAAAAACCUGAACUGGUGGAUGGACUGUAAAGAGAGAGAAAUCUCCAUUCUAAAAUCCUUCACCAAAAUAAUGAAAAACACAAAGACCAUCUCAUCUGAAGCUGGUCUAGAUGAAGAACUUUUCAGUGCAAAGCAUGCUGUGUGUUUUGUCUUCACCUCACUGGGAAGUGAUGAACCAUACCUCUCAGCUUUAUCAAACUACUUAAAAGGAACAAAUGAACCAGAAGAACUUCAGGAUCCACGGACUCACAAUAUAGAGAAAGAACAAUGGUACCGUUCCAAAGAAACAGCAGAUGAAAUGAGGAAAAAAGCAAAACUCUUCAGUGAUUUUGCAGAAGCCAACAUGGAGAACAAGAACACAAAGUUCCUGAUGGUGGGUUUAACAAAUGAGACACAGAAAGGUUCAAGCAUCUACCUUUAUGAAGACGGUUUCUCUGUCAGUGAGAACUUUGAGCCGCCUUCAAAGCCUGAAACUGUGACAGCAGCAGACAUAAACCACAACAGUGUGAAUCUGAAGGUUUCUCCUCCCAGAUUUGGAGCAGAGAACAUCACCUCCUACUUUGUGGAGUUCUGUGUCAGAGGAGAGGAGGAAUGGAAGCAAAAGGAAGUGCUGAAAGCUGGAGAAGUCACAGUGAGCGAUCUGAGUCCAAACACAGAGUACAUGUUCAGAUGCACAGCAGUGACCUCAGCAGGCGUCGGGCCGGCCAAUGAAGUCAGUGACUCCAUUAAAACCUUACCCUGCAGCCCUCCUGGAGAACCUCACGUUGAAGCAAACUCAUGUGAGAUCUCAGUCAGCUGGAAGAAACCUGCUGAGCUCGGACAGGACGUCCAGAUAUUGAGCUACAUCUUGGAGUUUGCACAAACAGACAAUAAGGUGAAACAAGAAGAUUUGCAGUGGAAACAAAUGAAGACAACGGCUGAAGAGGCGAUCAUUUCAGGGCUUCAGUCAGAGACAGGAUAUGCAGUCAGGGUCAGAUGUGACUGUGGUGUGGAUGGAAAAAGCAGAGAAAGCAUCACUGUUAACGUCUCUACAACAAGGUCUGUUCCACCAAAUCUGAAACAUAAAUGCAUAAGGAGGAACUCUGAUUCACCCUCAGUUUACAAACUGGCACUAAGAGAAGAACGUAUGAACAUAUCUGGGUGCAGGUCAUUUACCUUUGGAAAAGAAAGUAUAAAGAGGAAUCGUACAAUAAUUCUUCUUGGAGCAACUGGUGCUGGAAAGUCGACUCUGAUCAACGGAAUGAUCAACUACAUCCUGGGUGUCCAAUGGGAGGACUCAUAUCGGUUUAAGUUAGUCCAUGAGGAUCAGUGGAGAUCACAAAGUCACAGCCAGACGUCUGAAGUCACCGUGUACAAAAUCAACCACCAGGAGGGAUUUCAAAUAAAUCACUCACUGACCAUCAUUGACACUCCAGGAUUUGGAAAUACAAGAGGUAUAGAAAGAGACAAACUGAUCACAGAGCAGCUAUGUAAUCUCUUCUCUGAUCAUCGUGGUGUCACAGAUGUUGAUGCUUUGUGUUUUGUAGUUCAGUCUGCUUUAGCACGACUCACACCAACACAGAAACAUGUGUUUGAUUCAGUUCUCUUAAUGUUUGGCAAAGAUGUGGCAGAAAACAUCCAGAUUCUGGUGACAUUUGCAGACGGCCAGCAGCCUCCAGUUCUAGAGGCCAUCAAAGCUUCAGGUGUCCCAUGUCCUAAAACAGAUGACGGGCUGCCAGUUCACUUCAAAUUCAAUAAUUCAGCGUUGUUUACAGACAACAAAUCUGAUGAUGAUGAUGAUGAAGAUGGAGGCUUUGAUCAGAUGUUUUGGAACAUGGGAACAAAAAGCAUGAAAAACUUCUUUGCUGCUCUGAAUGUCAUGGAACCCAAAAGCUUGAUUCUGACAAAGGAGGUCCUCAGAGAGAGACAACAGAUUGAGAUUUUAAUUGAAAAUUUGCAAAAGCAGAUUAAACUUGGGUUAGUCAAGAUGGAAGAAAUAAAAGAGACAACAAAACAACUCAAAGAUCAUGAAGCAGAGAUGAAAAGAAAUGAGAACUUUGAGUUUGAAGUAACUGUCACAAAGCCUUAUCAACAUGACAUUUCUGGUACUGGAAACUUCAUCACCAACUGUCAGGUGUGUGAUGUCACCUGUCACUAUCCUUGUCCGAUACCAAAUGAUGCAGAUAAAGCAGGUUGUGCUGCAAUGAGAAAUGGAUCCUGUACUCAGUGCCCAAAGAAAUGUAUCUGGAGUGUUCACUUUAAUCAGAAGUACAGGUGGGAGUACAAGCAGGUUACAGAAAAAAAAACAAUGAAAGUCCUGAAAGAGAAGUUUCUGAAAGCCAAAGGGCAGAAGAUGACAGUUCAGGAAGUGAUUGAUGGCCUGAAGGCUGAAUAUGAUCGUCUGCAGACUGAGGAGGUGAAACUGAUUCAGAAAUCCUCCAAAUGUCUGAACAGACUUAAAGAGAUUUCACUGAAGCCCAAUCCUCUCUCCACUCCAGACUACAUUGACCUGCUGAUUGAAGGAGAGAAAUCUGAGGGCAAACCGGGCUGGAAAGAACGAGUUGACUCCCUGAUGACCAUGAAACAAAAAGCAAAAUUAAUGGUUAAAGUAGAGAAAGGAGAGAAAUUCCUGCCGUGUCCAGAAUCUGCAGCCACAUCCUCAGAACAGAACAAAACCCAACGUAGACGUAGAACCAGAGUCAGAUGAUGAUAGAAAGUAACGUCCAGCCAGUUACAGCCUUAUUUGAUAGAUUUAAAAAAAUAAAUCACUUCAGUUGUACAUUUUAAUAUCUCUACAAUACAUACAUAUACAUUUCUGCUGAUUUAGGCUUUAAUAUUUAAUGUAAUAUAGCGACUCAAUUAUGUGCUACAAUUAAAUAAAACUCUUUUCUCUAUUGGAAAAAAAGAAAUAAAAUCCGUUUCAGUUAAUUGAUUUUUGUUUUGAUAACAUUUACAUUACUGCUGAUAUUUUCUGAUAUGAAACUUAUUGAUUUGUACUGAAUUCUAUCUGAUUGUGUCGUUGCUGUGGUGAUAUUUAACCAGAAUCAGAGUUUGAUGAUUCAAAGCGUUUGAACCACUAAAAAGUUGUGGCAGGUAAAUCUGUCAGAUUGAGCUCUGAGUCUCCGUCAUCAAUCAAAGCCAUCAGAUUAGUGUAGCACUUUUCUCUUUGUUUGUGUACACAGUAGGAAGCGCCACAAUCUCUUAACCUCGGCACUUUUCAAUGAGGUGUAGAGGAAAAGCAUUUAACCACUUACCCAAAUUUUUUAGAACAUAUAGCCGGCCUUUAUUUAACAGGAACACUUAGCAUUAUACAAUGAAUACCUCUGGUGUACCUUUAUGAUACCCCACACUUCAAAAAGAAGCAAAACCUUUCUCAGUCCAAUAGGAUUCAGUUCGUUAGGACCCAGAGUUCAAUUGUUCUUUCCUUUCAGUUUAUGUUGUCCUUUAAAUUGUGAAACUCAGAUUUUCCCUGACCUCUCCAUCAGUUCAGUUUAGAAAGAGAAUGAAAUAAGAAAUAAAAUAAUAUCAGAGCUCUGACAAAAUAACAAACUAAAUAAAAUAAAACCAGAGUUCAUCUACCCGGGUAGUGUGUUUUUUCCUUUUGCUGCAGUGCGACAAUUAUUCAGUGCUUAUCUGUAUGAUGAACAGAAGAAUGUAGAUUGAAGUCCUCGUCGUCCUAAUCAGCAAAGCAAUCCUCUUCACACCUGCGAUGUACUCUCUGUUCGUCUGUAGCACGCCCUUUGUCCGUUGGUAUGUCCAUCGGCGAUUUGCACAAUAAACUCAGCUUCUUUCCCUCAAUUUGUCAGGGUGAAUAAAAAACCAACCUGCGUAAGCAGGGCAACAUUAAUUACUCUCUCAAUGUCAAACAUCACCAGAUCUGGAAUUUUUUUUACCGUUCAAUGUUCUAAAGUAUACAUUUAAAGUACGUUCAAAGUUUCAACACAUUCAAUUUAACUUGCUAUAGACAUGUAGAUCCCGCAGAGCAACAUAACAAGCGUUUUUUCUUCAUUCCAUCGAUUCAUACUUUAAUUUGCAUAACACAAGUCAUACUCCAAUUGGUUUUUAAUAGGUCCUUCCCCUAACUUUCAAAACAAUAUUCAAUAACGACAGAAAAUAACAAGCACGUAUCAUUUAUCCAUGCCCAAUACGAGUUACUCUUUGUAAAACAGUAUGUCAGCUAGGCUACAUUAGCUUGCACGGCAUGUAAAGUUAUUAGCGACACUCACCGGAGAAUAGGAAACAAAACCUUUAAAUCCUUGACAAAACUCAAACUCGUUACUCCUUGUAACUUUUCCUGAAAUACAAGUUGUUCAGAAAAGUCCUUCAAUUUACUCGUUUCUCUUGCUGAUGAACUCCAUGUGGUCUGUUUUGCUCCGUUUCAGUAUCUGCUUCCUCUGCAGCGCUGGUUGACCCUUUCUCUAGCUGCAGGGCUACCACCUGCCACCUGCUGGCAUAAAGUGGCCGCUACAUCUAAAAAAACUGAAAUUGAGUAAAUCCUGAAUUUGGUUAUUUUCAGUGGGUUACAUCAGUAUCAGUGAACAUCCUCUGAUCACAUUUCCUUCACUUGGAUUCUUCCACUGCAGCUGUUGUUCAUGUUAGAAAUAAAAGUCAGCCUCCAGUUUCCAGCAGAACGUUGCUCACUAAGUAGCUCUGUGAUCCUAGAAAACAUGAUCACAUGAAAUUCAUGGACAUUUUUCACACAUUUCACUUUUCUGUCAAACUGUUCAGCUGAUAAUCACUGAAAGAUGAAAAUGGAUGAAAGUGAAAACAACUGAAGAAUCUUCACUGGAGGUUUCAGUGUUUUAGACUCCACUGUUUCAUCUGAUAAUCAACAAUAAAUACGUUUCAUCAUGA